AUGGGGUUAAGGGGAAUGAGGAGCAAACGAGAACUAGAGGACGGGUUAAAGAGAACUCAUAGUUGUAGGAUUCUCUUUUCUGGUCUCAAGUAUUUCGGAUUUCUUGAAAUUAUGGAGUUCUUGGAAACAUCUCAAGGCCGAUUAUAUAUUGGUGUUGCUGUUGGGCUUAUUGCUGUUGGUGCCGCUGCAUACGUCAUGUUUUCGUCCAAAAAACCCAAAGUUUGCUUGGAUCCUGAGAAUUUCAAGGAGUUCAAGCUUGUCAAGAAAACACAAAUCAGCCAUAACGUAGCGAAGUUCAAAUUUGCACUUCCUACACCUACUUCUGUGCUGGGACUUCCUAUUGGGCAGCAUAUAAGUUGCAGGGGUAAGGAUAGUCAAGGGGAAGAGGUUAUUAAACCAUACACUCCAACCACUUUGGAUUCUGAUGUUGGAUAUUUCGAGUUAGUUAUAAAGAUGUAUCCACAAGGAAGAAUGUCUCAUCAUUUCAGAGAAAUGCAUGAAGGUGAUUCUCUGGCUGUAAAAGGACCAAAGGGUCGUUUCAAGUAUCAACCAGGUCAGGUGAGGGCAUUUGGGAUGCUUGCUGGAGGGUCUGGCAUUACUCCAAUGUUCCAGGUUACCAGAGCUAUUCUUGAAAACCCAGAUGACAAAACAAAGGUGCAUCUGAUUUAUGCUAAUGUGACCUACGAGGACAUUCUUUUAAAGGAAGAAUUGGAUAGUCUUGCUACUAACUACCCUGAUCGUUUCAAAAUUUACUAUGUACUGAAUCAGCCUCCUGAAGUAUGGAAUGGUGGAGUUGGGUUUGUAUCCAAGGAAAUGAUUCAAACUCACUGCCCCGCACCAGCAACUGAUAUUCAGAUUCUGAGAUGUGGCCCUCCUCCAAUGAACAAGGCCAUGGCUGCACAUCUUGAAGCUCUUGGAUAUGCCCCGGAGAUGCAAUUCCAAUUUUAG